GUUCUCCGAGAAACUUGCAUUGUAGAAAAUGACAAAUUAAGUUUCGUUACCCUGUCUCGCUCGAAUCUGAUGCUGUUUGUGACAGGAGGAAAUGGUUGUGUUUUCUCUGUCGAAUAUCCUUUAGAUAUGGGAUCAGGAUUUACUGAGUAUCGUAUCCACCACAAGCCUGUUUCUGCUUUAUGUUUGACUUAUGAUGAUAUGAUGCUUAUUACUUGCUGUGAAGGUGGCACCAUAAUCUUAUGGAAAUUACUUGACGUAGAAGGAAAAACCGUGAAACUUGAGCCAUCCCACACAUACUUCAAUGAUAUUCUUGUUGCCAAGGAUGAGCUAGAGGACAAAACAAAUGCCAUCAAAGACCUCAAAUUGCGAAUGCAAGAAUUGGUGAUGGAACACAGUUACCAGCAGCAGCAGCUUGAAACAGAACACACAGAGAAAGUAGCAGAAAUACAUGCUAGUUAUAGUCAAUCUAUUAAAGAACUCAAAGAAUUGAUUGAG